AUGCUUUAUAUUUUAGUUCAGGUUAAUGAAGGUGUUAAAUGUGUUAUCCCUGAGCGUAUAAUGAGUAUGGAGUCCACAAAUAAAUUUUUUGAUCUCUUUGAUAUAACUACGUUAGGACAAUAUGAUGAUAGGGAAGUGAAAGUUUUUAUUAGACGAGAAAAAUCUGAAGGCUGGCGAGAAGUAGACAAUAGGUUAGAUGACACAUCAGUUUCAACUCAAGACAAACCAGAUGCUUUUAGCAUUUUAAUGGCUAAUUCAAGACGACCUUUACUUCCUCGUUGUUGUACUGAGCACAAUAAUUAUAAUCGACUUUACAAUGAGAUUAUUAAACUUUUUGAAGCUCAACAGGUUGGAUGGGAGUGUGGUUCUCAUAAUACAGUAGGAAAAGCAUUUGUAAAUCGUCUUGCGAAUGCACUUUGGUAUAUUGACCCACAUCUUUUAACGCUACGUACACGUUCAUAUCAUUUACCAGCUCUUUUUACACAGUUGAAAAUAUAUCAAAAUGGUGAAUCAUAUGAUGAGUAUUAUUAUACUAGCCACCAUAAAAAAAAUUCACUGACUCAACAAAAACUUGCACAUCUUGAGAGUUCUCUUGAGAUUUCUAUUAGUCAACCGUGGGCAAGUAAGGAUAGAUGGAAUCAAGUGAUGCCUGAAGUUCUUUCUUUAAUCGAAAUUCUAAAAAAAUAUUCAGAUUAUUUAAUUACAACUGCAGCUAGUAUGAAUGAACUUCAUCAUAGCAAUGCAAGUGCCCGCAAUCCUGGAAAUAACAGCUCUAUGUACCAAGUUAGUGCUUGUGAACCUCACAAACUUAAAGAUGAAUAUAUUCAAUUAGAUGAUCUUUUAUUUGAGAAAUCAUUUUAUGAACAUGUUGAAAUUCAACAAUAUCUUCCAAACGAAGCUAUAGAACGUUUGGAAUCGGAAAAUUUAUUUGGAAUGGUUAACACACUAGGUGACAUACAUAAAAAAGCUAAAGAAUCCAAUAAACUAGAAUCUGAAUUAAAAGAAAGUAUUGCAGGUAUUCAAGAAAUAUUAAAUAACCGAACUGAACGACUUAGAUUAAAAAAUAAUAAAUUUAAAUGCUAUUCUCCUGCAAGUUGGGAUGCUAUUACUGAAGUAUUUGAAUCAAUUUUACACAUAGAUCCAACUUUAAAAAUUGAAGAAACCACACAAGCACAAAUGCGCCAUCAUCUAGCUCUAAUUGAAUUCAUAAAUACUCAUUGCCAAACACGUGCAUAUAGUUUUCAG